CCUCCGCCACCACCACCAGCACAUCCCAACCAUGCCCAUUCCCUGACACAACUAAGUCCUCCCUCCCCUCCUCGUCCCUUCUCACAUUCGUCCUCUCACCCCAUGCCAGAAAGCCGGCCGGCAGCCUUCAUACCAUCAAACCAUGCCCUUUCCCUCCUCCGAUUCCUCCAAAUUUAAUCAAAGUCUUUGCAGAAAAAUUACAUAAGAUAUCACAAAUUCAGGAAAUGAAAAACCAGAUUUAGAUGGGCCGUCGUCGCCGUCGUCAAAACCACUUUCUUGAUUUCAAUUCCUCCUCUCCAUUAUAUUGUUCACUGUGGCCAUUUUUAUUAGUUUUGUUAUUCUUUGCUAGUUUUUAUUUGGUCGAUGGGAAAACUAAUGCCACCAGUUCUCCAGUCACACCCAUCAAUCACGCUUACCAUACCAGUGGAGCUUUGUUGGAAGAAAUUGAAGCCUUGGUGCACCGCCACCCAGACAAACUAUCAAUUGAGACAAUUCCCAGUAAGAACAAGGGGUACAAUGCAGAGAUGACUGUGGUUACUUAUUGUAGGAAAAGGAAAGAUUGUGAUGGCAAGUCCAAGUUCAGAGUACUCCUUAGUUUUGGUCAGCAUGGAAGGGAACUCAUUACCUCUGAGCUUGCGUUUCGGAUUCUUUCUAUAUUAAGUGAAGAAGAAUUUUUACCUUAUACAGAUCGAGGGUCAGUAAAUGACACCCUUGAUAAUCUUGUUAUAAAGGUUGUACCAAUGGAAAAUUUGAAUGGCCGCAAACUUGUUGAAGCGGGAGACUUUUGUGAGAGGAGAAAUGGGAGAGGGGUUGAUCUUAAUCGAAAUUGGAGUGUGGAUUGGGGCAAAAAAGAAAAGGAUUAUGAUCCCUAUGAAGAAAAUCCAGGGACUGCUCCUUUUAGUGAGCCUGAGACUCAAUUCAUGCGGAAGCUUUCGAUAUCUUUUGAGCCCCAUGUGUGGGUUAAUGUUCAUUCAGGAAUGGAAGCCUUAUUUAUGCCAUAUGAUCACAAAAAUACGACUCCAGAUGGAUCUCCUUCCCUGAGAAUGAGAUCAAUGCUUGAAAAGUUGAACCAUCUUCACUUGAAAGAUCGUUGUUUAAUUGGAUCUGGUGGAGGCUCUGUCGGAUAUCUAGCUCACGGGACAGCUACUGAUUACAUGUAUGAUGUCACAAAGGUCCCCAUGGCAUUCACCUUUGAGAUAUACGGAGAUGGUACAGCCUCCUCAAAGGACUGCUUUAGAAUGUUCAAUCCCAUCGACAUCACCACCUUUAAUAAGGUUCUCAAUGAUUGGUCUGCUGCAUUUUUAACACUGUAAUUGGGUGAGUUGCAAGUGGAUGGACUUCAUUCAGGGGAUGUGGCAUCAAGUUCUGAGAAGUGGAUAUCCAUAGAUGACUACUUGAAUGGUUAUCUGUUCGAGAGGAGAAAUAGAUACGGCAAGAAGAUGGAAGUGCUUGAACUCGGAAUGCAGGAGAUCAGAACAUAUUUCCGAUUAUUUCUGUUAUCAUCAGUCCUUUUGAUGUUUAUGUUUUGUUCUAGAAUCUCGAAGAGCACAAGACCUAUUGUUUCAGCAAUGUCCUUGUAAUGAUGUACUCUUGGCCCUCCUGUUGCUCAAUGAAAUUGGAGGGUCAAGCGAGAGACGGCGAGAGAGCAAUUUUGGCGCACCUGUAAUUUAUUCCCUGUAGCAAUUCUUUUUGUAUUUUUGUCCCUUGUACCUCAUUUCCUUUUUUUUUUCCACUGCAAGUGAAUCUACAGCCCCUUAAGGAUAAUUUGGAACAGUAAGUCUCAUUUUAUGCA